UGCCGCCCUAUUUCAAAAUUUUUAUUUCAUCGCAUGCGCAUUCCCGGUUUUAUUAUUAAAAUUAUUAAAACAUCGCCAUUAAAAUUUUUAGAGGUUAGAUACAUAAAGUAAACUAAAGACAAAUUGAUUGUAAUGCAGCAUGAACAGUUCCAUGAUACAACAAAUUUAAAGAAACGGAAACCGAAUCGUCUACGAGGAACUCCAGCAAAUAAAUACAGUUAUGGACUAGCGGCUGUUUGUGUUGUAGGAUUUGCACUUGCCUGUGAAUUGUAUAUAAACUCUGACUGGGCAAAACCUCGUCUUGAACGUCUUUAUGAUCGCGUAAAAUUGACAGAAGCCCAGGAAGAGCAGCGGCUUAUGAUGUCUGAUUGGGCGUCUAAUUCAAUAAUAAAAAACCUACGGGCAAAGAAAGAAGGAGUUGUGCGUGAAGAUAAUACAGUCUACCACACAGCCGAUAUCGAAUAAAUACCACUCGUUUGAAUUCAUAUAUUUAUAAAAUAUAAAUUAUGGAUUCUCAAUCAAAAAAUAGCAGAAGUACGCGGGGGAAUUCAACUAAAACUAGUACGGGAUUAGAUCCAGAGAGUAGAAAAAGUGAUAAGAGACCGGUAUCCUCAGCUAGUGAAGACAGUUUAAAUGAUUUUAAAACUCCACCGCUGCUUAGAGCUGCUAAAUUUAUUACAGAUGUUAAUACUAGUGAUUUGGAUGGUAAUUUUUCACCUGGACAAGUUUCUGGAGCUGUGGAAUCUUCAGGAAAUACUAAAAAUUUAAGAUCAAUUGCCAGUAAUCAACCUGGAUUAGGAUCCAGAGCAAUAAAAUCAUCAGCAAAUACCAAAAAUCCCAAUUUUUAUGAUGAUAGUCAACCUGGAACAUCAUCGAGAGCAACUAAAUCAUCAGUUAAUUCAAAAACUCUUGGAUUAAAUGAUGAAAAUCAACCUGGACCAUCAGUAGACACCAAAAAAACAACUAAAAGACCAGUAUCUCCACCUGAUGACAGUCUAGCUGAUUUUAAAUCACCAAAAUUGGAAAAUAAACGUCCAACUGUUACACUUAUUGACAAGCCACGUGCUAAACCUAAAAAAACAAAACCACGUGGGAAAACUAAAAAAGAAUCGAAUCAAAUGUCUUUAGAGUCGUCAUUUUUCAAGCCAGCGACUUCCUUCGCUUGUCCGCUUUGUCUGAAGACGUUCGUAGAUUCUGCAAGCCAGUUAGCGCACUCUAAGACAUGUGCAUCUAAAAAUAAUGUGUCGACACGUAAAUUAAUAGAAGCUGCAGCUCUGCAUGAACGUCAGGCUGAGGAACGUCGUGCGAUUGGACUUCCAGCUCAGCCGUUUGCUCAACCGCGCAGGAAGUCAACAUUCAAAAAGGCGGACUUGAAAGCAGGUGAUCCAGAUGUUCAGCUGGCACUCGCGUUGUCUGAAUCUCUUCAAGAAGCCCAAAAUCUUGAGGAGUUUGAUGCCGCAGUUGCUUUGGCUGCUGCUUCUGCUGAUGAUCUAGGUCUAGGACCUCUGGAGAUGACGUCAUCACAGCGAAAAAGUACUUUGCGUAGUUUUGGAUUCGUUAGCAGUAAACCUGUCAUUGAUGCUCCGGAUAAACCUAAAAGAAAAAAAUUAAAUGCGCAGACGGUGCUGCAGACUAGGACUCAGGAAACCAGGCAGCGAUUGCUCGCUGAACGUAUUGCUGAAGUUAUUGUAGAUAACGCUGACAUGACGUUCAAAGUUGGAGCUGAUCUAGGUCUAGAAGAUCCAGAUGGAAGAAUUAAACUGACUAGCGAGGUGCUGAAGAAAAUUCUAGAGCCUGAGAGAAAGUUGUGGAAUGGGUCAGCGAGAAAAGCGAGGGGUGAGUUUUAUUAUGUUAAUGAUCUAGGAGAAUUUAUUAAGCCGGUGGAAAGUCUAGAGGAUACUUGUGGAGUUAGUGAGGAUCCGGAGAUUCUAGAAAAUUAUUUAGGAGAUUUCAAAGAUGAAGUGGGGAAUAAUAAGACAGUGGGAGAAGUUGAAAAAGCUCUGGAGUCAUCACAAAAAAUUCUAGAACGUUCCCAAAGCGUUCUAGAAGCUGCUGAAAAAAGUAUGGAAAUAGAUUCUAGUUUGAAACAUUCAAAAUCUUGGGAUGAAAAAAACUACAAUUUUCUAGGAGAAAAUAUUCUAGGGGCUGAUAAUUGUCUAGAGGUUAAAUCUCCUAGAGCUAAAAAUAAUUUUAUUAAGACUCCAGAUAAAAAAAUUCUAGAUGCGUCGAAAAUAAAUCCAGAAGUUGGAGAAAAUAUUCUAGGAGUUGAUAAUUGUCUAGAGGUUAAAUCUCCUAGAACUAAAAAUAAUUUUAUUAAGACUCCAGGUAAAAAAAUUCUAGAUGCGUCGAAAAUAAAUCCAGAAGUAGGAUCUCCUAGAAAAUUAAAUGCCGAUGAAAUUUUUAUGAAAAUUCCAGGUGAAAAUAUUCUAGAUACGCCAAGAAAAAAUUUAGCUUCUAGAACAAUUAUACGACGUAAAAAAAUAAAAUCGGAUACGAGCGUUAAUAGUUCUAGAGAAUCUAAAGUUCUAGAUAAUUUUUUGGCGUCUAGUUGGCGCAAAAUGUUGAAUUCCUCUCAAUGUAGUGACGUUAUUAUUUUAUUGGAUGAUAAUAAUUUUAUUUAUGGUCAUUCGGUAGUUUUUUGGACUCGUUGCGAGUCUUUGUAUCAUGACUUAUCAAUCUAUGAGAGUAAUUAUUCAAAAAAUCUAGAUAAUUACGAUAAAAAAAUUGAUGAAAUUAUAAAAUAUCAAAUUAAUUGGUCGGAUGUUGAUUAUAAAUCAGCUCUAAUAUUUUUAGAAUUUAUUUACUGUAAUUAUAUAGAAGAUUUUAACUUUCUAGAAGAUAAGAAAAUAUUUAAAAAUUUUAAUUUUCUUGUUAAAAAAUAUAAAUAUGAAGAUUUGAUAAAUUAUUUAAAUGAAGUUCGUAAAAAUAAUAAAUUUGAAGGUAUAGAUAAAAAUGUCGAUAAUUUAGAACUUUAUAUCGAUCAAUCGAUUGAUCAAAAUGUUAAAAAAUCGAUUAGUCAACCAGUCAACAUAUCGAUAAAUGAACAAAUCGAUGUAUCAAAUAAACUUGUCGAUAUAUCACAUGAAGAAAUUAAUAAAUCGAUUGGUAUAAAAAUUGAUAAAUCGAUAAGUGAAAAAAACGAUAGAUCGAAUAAUUUAUCAUUUAAAUCGCCAGUUAAUAAUUUAAAAUAUAAUUAUACAAAUUUUAGUUUUUCACCAGACAUUUUUGAUGAUAUGGAUUCAAUGAACUGUGAUAAUUUAUCUGAUGAUAAUAAUCGACAUAUCGAAAGUGAUUUAAAAUCUCGAAAUACUGAAGUUGAAGAAAUCGAUACUGUCGGUAAUAAUUUUCAAACACGAAGUACUGAAGUUGAAGAAGAAAUCGUCACUGUUGGUAAUAAUUUUGAAACAGAAAGUACUGAAGUUGAAGAAGAAAUCGUCGCUGUCGGUAAUGAUUUUGCAACACGAAGUACUGAAGUUCAAGAAGAAAUCGUCACUGUCGGUAAUGAUUUUAAGAAACGAAGUACUGAAGUUGAAGAAGAAAUCGAUACUGUCGAUAAAGAAGAACCAGUCAAAAAGAAUGUUGAUGUUGAUAAAGAAGAGAGAGUGAAAAAUAUCUUAAGAAGAUCAUCGACUUGCCCAGAUAAUUUGAAUAAUGUCGAAAAAACUAAAACAAUUCGCAGUUUUUCUGAGAAUUUAAAUGAAACGUUGAAGAAAACACGAAGUGAUUUAAGUCUUUUUAUUGAAAAAAUAAAAAAGAGAAAUGCUAAAGACAUUCUAGAUGACAGUGAAGAUGAUGAUUCAUUUCUUCCCGAGUGCAAAAAAGUAAAUCCGUUUAAAAAAGUUGAUGAGUCGUUGAGUGACAGAUACCGGAAUGUUAAAAUAGAUACUGCUAAUAUUAAUUUGCGACGUGGAAGCAGAUUCUGGGCUAAGAAGAAGACUAGUGUUGAUGCAGUUGAUAAACUUGAGGUUAAGGUUAAAAAGUCUGCGUUGAGUGUUUUUGAAGAUGAUAUUCGGGAUAAAGUUGCCUCGAAUCCGGAUAAGUAUCAGGGAUUUGGUGAUGUUGACUUCGAGAGUGAUUUUGAAAUUGAAGAUGAUGUUGACAAGGUUGAUAGGGUUGAUAAAAAUGAGGUUGAUGUUGGUGAAGAAGAUAAAGGGGGCAGCAAAAAUAAACCAACUGAAGAUUUGAAUUUAAAUUUAACGCAAAGCUAUGUUGAUGUUGAUGAAGAUGAAGAUGUUUUUGAUGUUGAUGAUCCAAACAUGUCAAUGUAUUCUAAAUACAAACUUACACAUAAAGACAACAGUAUUGCGUACUACAGAAAUUUAAUUAAAAAGUCAGCUCUCACUGGAGUUGAUAAAAAUAAAAAAAGUGUUGACUCUGAGGUCGAUGACUCGGAGGUUGAAGAUGAUAAUCAUCAUGAAGAAUCUUUAGUUUCGUUUAGUCAGAAGAAAAAAUCAGUUGACUUGGAAGUUGAUGUUGACUUAAAAGUCAAUGUUGAUUUGGAGGUUGAUGAUGAUAAUUAUAAUCAAUCAGUUAUUUCAUUUAGUCAGAAGAAAAAGCCAAUUGACUUGGAAGUUGGUGUUGACUCGGAGGUUGAUGAUGAAAAUCAUCAUGAAAAAUCUUUUGUUUCAUUUAGUCAGAAGAAAAAAUCAGUUGACUUAGGAGUAGAUGUUGACUCGAAGGUUGAUGUUGAUAAAGUUGACAGAAAGUGUCCUGUUGAGCUUGACGAUGAGUUAGUAAUUGAAAUUGAUGAAAUUGAUAAAAAUCCGGAACACUCUAUUCUGAGUCAGAAAUCACAAGUUGACAUUGAGUUUGAAGAUGAUGAUUUUGAGGACGAUGAUUACAAUGAUGUUGAUAGAAUUAUUGAACAAUCUUUUAAUCCAUAUAAACCGGAAGUUGACUUUGAUGUUAAUGAAGAUAAAAGUUUUAGAUUCAAUAAUUUUUCUGUUUACAAUGACGUUGUUGAUGUCAAUUCAGUGUCGGAUGAUGAUUUUGAUUUGAAUGAAAUUGAUAAUAUUGAAAAUCAAGUUGAAAAAUUAGACGAUAGAACAAGCGGAAAUGAAGAUGUUGAUGAGAUUCCAAACACUCCUAGCAAAAUAAAAAGACGUAGAAUAUCAAAAAUAAAUCAACUCUACCUAUCUGAGUUGUCUAGAUACGAUUUAUAUGAUUCAGACAUCAACAGUCAACAUGAAGAAAAUGACAAACCCGAAGUACACGAUCUGACAAUCAGCGACGAUGAAGACAAAGGGGUUGAAAAUUUAGAUUUCAUCAACUGGAGCGACGCGUCCGAUCAUGUUGACUUGUCACAAAAAUUACCUGUCGCUAAAACAAAUUCAUUUGAAAGGUCAACUUCUAAAAGACCGCGAUCGAAAACUAAUGAUGUAAACUUAUCAACCAUCAACGAGUCAUCAUCAGACGAAGAAGUUUACUCGAUUAAAAAAAAAAAAAAUUCAAAUCUUCUUGACCUACUGAGCGACGAUGUCGAUAACGAAGCGGCGAGUCAACAGCCAAUGGAGUCGCAAGGUAAGACGAUAACAUCUGACGUAACGAAUAUUUUAAGAGAAUGCGGAGUGAUAUCUCAAACCCCCCAAAAAAAGUCAACUCCAAAUUCAUCACUUGCAAGUCCCAUUUUGGUGUCCGAUGAUUCGUCUCAAGAUUCUCCUCUACAAGCAUCGCCGGUUAGUCAACCCGUCAACCAAAUCGAUCCUGAUUUAGAAUUUACUCGGUUUGCAUUCGAAGGUGGCGCUGAUAUUCCAUUUGAUAAUUUAGUAACGUCAACACAAGUUGACUAUCCGUCAUCUUCCAGGAAGUUGACUUGUGAUUCUGAUGACGAAAAAAGUCUCUGUAAAUUACGAAGAUCUUCAACAGUUUCGCCGGUUAAAAGAAGAAAUACUCGAGUGUUGAUAAACAAAAGCAAGUCAACAGAUUUUAUUUAUUCGAGCUCUCAAAAGAAGAAGUCUACUGGCAAUUAUCAACUCGAAGAAGAAAUAAAUCUUGAUAAAGAAGAAAUAUGUAAUUAUUUAAAAUUACCGAUGGAUAAAGUCCAGCUGUCAUCAAAUGUUGACUCUAAAGAAGAUUUCAAUCUUCUGUCCAGCCCAGAGUUGAAGAAGAAAUUAAACUCCUAUGGAAUGAAGAAUCAGAAGCGUCAUCGUGCAAUAAAACUACUUAAUUACAUUUACGAAACAAUGAACCCAUUAGUCCCCGAAGAAAUCGCGCGUAAAAAGAAUAAUUUUAAAUCCCGAGUCAGCGAUGCACAGGAAGAAUAUAACUGGAGAAUAGAUUCGCUUUUGCGGACAGACGAGGAAGAAAUGGGUGAAGAUAAACUCAAGCGUCGUCUCAGUACAGACCCAAGAGAUGAUUAUGCGAGAAGAAAAUCUCGAAGUCCGAGUCACGGAAGAAAUGUUUCUCAAGAAAGAAAUGAUGAUUGCGAGUCUAUUUCUUCUGGAAUACCUGAAGAAAUGGAUCUUUCUGAUGACGAAUAUGAUCAGAAAGAUAUAAAAAAUGUAAAAGAUAUUUUUCAAGUUUUAAUUAAUGAAGACGAUGAUCUUCAUAGAAAAGUUUUGAUGUACGAGUCGCUUCCCCUGGAAACUUUACACGCGAAAAUAAAAAAUAAUGGCGUUAAAUGCAGCGUGAGAGUUUUAAUGGAUUAUUUGAACGAAGAGUGCAUUAGUUUUUAUGUCGAGGCACCGAAGAAAUGGUCCAAUGGCCGAAGAAAAAUAAAAAAAAAAUAAAAUUUUAUAAU